CACAGCAAUCGCUUCAUCAGCUCGCCGAUUGCAACGUGAGUUCUACUACACACUAGCAGUUGAUACACACACACAGUUCAGGCGGCGAUAAGCUAGCCUGAGGCCUGAAUAUAUAUAGCAGCUAGAGAUACUAGUACUGAAUUCACAAUGCAGCAGCAGCAGCUGUGCAGCAGCCACUGCCUCCCUGCCCGUGCCGGCAGCAUCGCCAGCCCCGGCUCCGGCCGCCGCGUGGUGCCCCUCGGCCGCCGGCGGGCGAGCCUCGGAAAGGUCACGGCGUACGCCUACCCGACGACUCGCCGCGUCGUCGAUGCCGCAAAAUCCAGCCUGCUUCAGGAUGUCCACGUUGCUGCCUCGAAUCCCAGCCUGCAGCUGCUGCAGGAUUAUGCUCCCGCCAAGAAGUCAGCAAAACAGCAGAACGGCUCAAGGACGAAGGACGGGUUUUACGAGGUCGAGAUGACGGUCCAGGACGACGAGCUUGACGAGUACGGCGUCGUCAACAACGCCAUCUACGCCAGCUACAUCCACAGUGGCCGUGACGUUUUCCUUGAAAAUGUCGGCGUUGGCGUGGACUACUGGACGUCGACGGGCAACGCGCUGGCUCUUUCAGAAUUGAACCUCAAGUUCUACACGCCCUUACGGAAGGAUGAUAGAUUCGUCGUCAGGAUGAAGGUCGUGAAGAUCAAAGGUGUGAGAAUAAUCGUCGAACAUUUGAUCGAGACGCUGCCAGAUCGUAAGCUCGUAGUGGAUGCCAAAGCAACCGCCGUUUGCCUCGACAACAAAUACCGCCCAACCCGUGUGUUCCCGGAGUUGUCGACAAAGUUACAUCAGUUCUUCCUGUCAUAAACGGCUCUUUGUUGCUCUCAUGACAAGAAGUGGAUGAACCUUAUGUGCUCUACCGGUGUACAGAGCAAGGCACAAUUUGUUUGAUCUACAUUUUUUUUACCAGAAUUAUGAAGCAUACUGUAGUAAAUAAAGAGUGAAUAAGUUAGUGCUGACCGGCUUAGCCGUGAGCCGCUUUAUGUGAGGAUGAGAUGUAGAUACGCAAUACAAAUGUGCACCUGUUCAGCAGCUUUCAUUUCAAUGGGCAUUCCAUUAAAAAAAAAUUAUGAU